AUGGCUCUCGACAAUGCUAGACGUGUCUACAUGUGUGCCGACCCGCUCAACAAGAUCAAUCUUCAUACAAUCUGUACCGACCUUUCCCGGCGGCAUGUGCGGCAGUUGAUGAGGCUCACCGAAAAGCAAGCCUCAGCUAUCAGAGAAUUGUCCAUAUGCAGUUCUUCUGGAGGACCUCUGGGCCUUGGUUAUCGUGUUCUCCCGUCAUGUCCCCUGGAGUCACAAGCCUCGAAAGACUUGCGAAAAGUCGUCAAAAAGCUCACACAAUGCCGCAUUCUCCGGAUUUCUGCAGUGGACAUUAAGCACCUUGACUAUAGAUUAGCAUGGAUGGGUGCUAUUGACAUGGCUUACUCAGUGCUAUACGCGUUUCGUGGGAUUAUGAAUUCCCUAAACUCGCUCACAUUAGAUUUCAGGACAGAUAACUUACCCUCACUUCUACGUGGCGGUCUUGAGAGUCUCCCGUCCCAUGCUGUCUCUCAUUUCUUCUAUGGAAGUUUAAGAGUUACCGACAUCUCACUCAAAGUCAACGCAAACAUAGCAUUCAGCCGUGACUUGUAUUCAUUACUUUUACUUCCACUAAAUACCCCCUACCCCUACGGAGUAAAAGAGGUCUCACUUGAUCUUGGAAAGGUCUAUGCAGAAGAUGUCGUUUAUAAUGUCUUGGAAGGUAAGUAUUUUCGAAUUAGACCUCUGGCGGUAAUCAAACUACACAAUGUUACGGGUAUGGGCCAUCGUAUGCUUGAGCCAAAGUUGAAUAGGUAUUGCCAUAGUUUGCGGGUCCUGACUAUGGAGAAUAUCAUCUUCAGAUAUACCUAUUGGCGGAGAUUCUUGCGCGACUUGAAGCGGAAAUAUUUUCGCCUGGAAGAGGUAAAUCUGUCUUGGGACGCGCACACAGGUUUGAUAAGCACCUCACUCAUCACUCUAUGGAACCAUGGUACAAUCAUGGACCACGGUCAGACGAAGGUGACCUACACGGGACCUGAAGAACAUGGUGCCCUUACUGCUCUUGAGGAGAUAGCCAGUGAAGACCCUCUAUCCGUACUUCUGUGA